AUGAGGGACUUCGGGUUCGGGGUGCUGCAGACCGCCCCGCUCCGAAGCAGCAGCCCCGAGUCCCUGUUCAGCGGCGAGUCGUACGGUCCCUACGCCGCGGGGUCCGUCACCCAGCUGCCCUCCGCCACGCCCUUCGGCCCGCUCUCUCCGCCACCGUUGCCUGUCACCGGCUUCUCGGAGGCCGCCUCCCCCUUUUCCAUCCCCCUCGGCGGCGGCGCGGGCAGCUCGGCCGCCGCCGCCGCUUCCUCUUCCUCCCCGUUCCGGGCGCAUCAGCAGACCAUGCAGGAUGAGCUGCUGCUGGGGCUGACACAGCAGCCGGCGCGGCCGUUCUCGGGGGCGGCGGCCACGGAGAAACUCCCCAACCACCACCCCGGCGGCGGCACGAUCGCGGGUGUGACCCACCUCCUCCCCUCCCAGGACUUCAAACCGAGUCUGCACCACCCCUCCUCCUCCUCCGCCUCCUCCUGCUGCUGCUGCCGCACCUCCUCCCCGCAGGACUUCAGUAAGCGGCAGCAGCAGCAGCUGAGCAGCCAGAAGAGGAAAGAGUUCAGCCCUCCCCACCUUCCCCACCCUCUGGACUCGAAGCCGCCGCCGCUCCACUGCCCCAGCCGGUUCAGCCCGCCGCCGCCGCCCGGCCCGCUCCUCCAGCCGGCGCCGCUCGCCCAGCGCCAGCAGCAGCAGCAACAGCAGCCGCAGCAGUUCAGCCUCCCGCACCCGCAGCACCUCCCGCGGCAGGACUUCGCCCCGCGGCAGCGUCCGGCCGACCUGCCCCCGCUCCCGCAGCUCCCGCCCUCGCCGUCCGCAGCCCCGCGGCGCCGCCACGGAGGCUCGGGCAGCCCUCGCAAGACCCCGGCCGCGGGCGAGGGCAGCGCUGCCGAGCCCUCCAAUGCGGGCUUGGCCCCCUCGACGACGCCGGUGAACCCAGCGCCGGGCUCCAUGGAGUCCCCCAACCACCCUCUGCUCAACAGUCCCAGUAACCUCCUGCCCGGCGGGGCACUCGGCGCGGGCGCCUUCAGCAGCCUGCAGAGCCCGGACCUUCCGCACCCGGGCGGCGGCGGCGGCGGGGGCGGGGGGCCCCCCGGAGGCGGAGGGGGAGGCGGCUCCGCGUCGCCGCCGCCGCUGCCCGGCUUCGGCACCCCCUGGUCGGUACAGACCGCGUCGCCGCCGCCCCAGUCCCAGCAGCCACCGCCGCCGCCGCCCCAGCAGCCGCCGCCGCCCCAGCAGCCGCCGCAGCCGCAGCCGCAGCCGCCCGGCUCGUCGGCCGCCACUCCGGGCGGCAGCGGUGGCGGCGGCGGCUCGCUCAGCGCCAUGCCGCCGCCCAGCCCCGACUCCGAGAACGGCUUCUACCCCGGGCUGCCGUCGUCCAUGAACCCGGCGUUCUUCCCGAGCUUCUCGCCUGUGUCGCCGCACGGCUGCGCGGGGCUCAGCGUGCAGGCCAGCGGCGGCGGCGGUGGCGGCUUUGGCGGCCCCUUCUCGGCGACCGCGGUGCCCCCGCCGCCGCCCGCCAUGAAUUUACCUCAGCAGCAGCCCCCACCGCCCGCGGCGCCGCAGCAGCCGCAGAGCAGGAGGUCGCCCGUCAGCCCGCAGCUCCAGCAGCAGCACCAGGCGGCGGCCGCCGCCUUCCUGCAGCAGAGGAACUCCUACAACCACCACCAGCCUCUUCUGAAACAGUCUCCUUGGAGCAACCAUCAGAGCGGUGGCUGGGGCACUGGAAGUAUGUCCUGGGGAGCAAUGCAUGGCAGAGAUCAUCGUAGAACUGGAAACAUGGGAAUUCCAGGAACUAUGAAUCAGAUAUCUCCACUGAAGAAACCAUUUUCUGGUAAUGUCAUAGCACCACCGAAAUUUACUCGCUCUACUCCAUCACUGACUCCAAAAUCUUGGAUUGAAGAUAAUGUGUUCAGAACAGACAACAAUAGUAAUACACUCUUACCCUUACAGGUGAGAUCUAGUUUGCAGUUGCCAGCUUGGGGCUCAGAUUCACUCCAAGAUAGUUGGUGCACUGCAGCCGGAACAUCCAGAAUAGACCAGCUCCAUAAUCUUCAAACUCCCCUUUCCUGUCUUUUUAAAGGUCGAUUGAGCUAUCCACAUCCAGGAACUGACAAUCUGUUGAUGUUAAAUGCAAGGAGUUAUGGGCGAAGACGAGGUCGUUCUUCCCUCUUUCCAAUAGAUGAUGGCUUGCUGGAUGAUGGUCAUAGUGAUCAAGUUGGUGUUUUAAAUUCACCCACAUGUUAUUCAGCUCAUCAAAAUGGAGAGCGAAUAGAACGCUUCUCUCGGAAAGUUUUUGUUGGUGGUCUUCCUCCAGAUAUCGAUGAAGAUGAGAUUACUGCCAGCUUCAGAAGAUUUGGGCCUUUGGUAGUAGAUUGGCCUCAUAAAGCAGAAAGCAAAUCCUAUUUUCCACCAAAAGCAUUUUCCGUGGCUUGGAAAACACUGGUUCAAAUCCGUCCUUGGAAUUUAAGCGAUAGUGAUUUUGUGAUGGAUGGUUCUCAGCCAUUGGAUCCCCGGAAAACAAUUUUUGUUGGAGGUGUUCCUAGGCCACUAAGGGUGGAGGUAAAGCCAUAUGUGCUGGAUGACCAGAUGUGUGAUGAAUGCCAGGGCGCACGCUGUGGUGGAAAAUUUGCUCCCUUUUUUUGUGCCAAUGUCACUUGCCUGCAGUAUUACUGUGAGUUUUGUUGGGCAAAUAUCCACUCUCGUGCAGGACGUGAGUUCCAUAAGCCAUUGGUAAAGGAAGGUGCCGAUCGCCCACGUCAGAUCCAUUUCCGCUGGAACUAAGAAGAGCAAACUGGCCUCUGUGUAACAAGGAAAGAAAGGGUGCAUGUGGCUUACUGUGUCUGAAGAUACUGACAUGCAGAAGAAAUAAGUGCAUUCUUCUGCUUUUCACCCCAGCUAUCAAUACAUGCAUCUUUAUCAGCAGCCAAAACACUACAAGCCUCUUGUUUUUCACCAAAACCCUACAUCUCAGGCUUACUAAUUUUUGUGAUAUUUUCAUGUUAAAAUAAAAUGUUUUUUUGUAUUUUC